CUGGCUUCGGCGCACAUGGCUGCGCACAGGUACGCCGCUUGAAGCGAGCAUGGAGGUGCCCGCGGCGUGCCUCAAAUCCAUCUCGCAGCGCCUGUGUCGGUCUCGAGUAGGGUGUGUUUUGGCCUACUGCGGCAGAAGACGCCCCUGCGUACUCUACAGGCUCAGCAAUGUGAGGCACGCGCACGGAGCGCCAACACUGGGCGAGCAUCACACCGAAGUGCUGCUCUCCAACGAUCAAACACUCAAGUUGUCAGCGGGGCGCUUGGCCAAAUUUGCGGAUGGCUCCGCAGUCGCACAAAUCGGCGACACGUCGGUUAUGGUCACCGUAGUCAGCAAACACAAACCAUCCUCAUCGGCAUCCUUUUUACCUCUCGUGGUCGAUUACCGGCAGAAGGCCGCAGCUGCUGGCCGGAUACCGACUAACUUUCUGCGGAGAGAACUAGGUCCCACGGAAAAAGAAAUUUUGACCAGCAGAGUUAUUGAUCGAUCACUGAGGCCUCUAUUCCCUGCUGGCUAUUUCUACGAGACACAGCUGGUCUGCAACCUGCUUGCAGUGGACGGCAUCAAUGACCCCGACAUUGUAAGCCUUAAUGCAGCAUCAGCCGCACUGUCCCUCUCCGAUGUGCCUUGGAACGGGCCCAUUGGUGCUGUUCGUGUGGGCCUGAUCGAUGGCGAUAUAGUGAUCAACCCAACACGGCGGCAGAUGACGCAGAGUGUGCUCAACCUCGUCGUGGCUGGUGCUGAGCAUAACCAGGUUGUCAUGCUCGAAGCAUCGGCGGACAACGUGCUCCUCCAGGACUUCCAGAAGGCCAUCCGCUGCGGUGUCAAGGAGACGCAGCUCAUCAUCCGCCAGAUCAAGGAGUUCCAAAGUGUCUGCGGCCGGCCCAAGCGCACUGUGGAGAAGCUGUUUGUCCCUUCAGCAGAUCUCGUUGACGCUGCCAGGCUGUUGGCUGGCAUUCGUGUCCGAGAUAUACUGUCAGAUGCCAACCAUGACAAAGUUUCUCGAGACGAGGCCUUGAAUGCAGUAAAGGAGGACGUGAUUGAGAAGCUCCAAGAAAGCUUUCCAGGAACUGAGAGCUACCUGUUAAACGAAGCCUUCACAUCAGUAGUCAAAGAAACCUUUAGGCAGCAAGUUCUUACGAAUGAAGAAAGGUUUGACGGCCGAAGCCUAACAGCCUUGCGCGACAUAUCUUGUCAGAUUGACCUGUUCCAGCCACUUCAUGGGUCAGCCCUGUUCCAAAGAGGACAGACUCAGGUUCUCUGCACCGUUGCAUUCGAUUCCCUGCACUCAGUCCUGCGAUCGGAUCCUGUCUCGGUGAUCACAGGUGGAAUGAAGGAGAAGAACUUCAUGCUUCAUUAUGAGUUCCCAUCAUAUGCAACCAAUGAGAUUGGCCGGAGUGGACCCUCAGGAAGGAGAGAGCUUGGCCAUGGCGCGCUCGCCGAGAAUGCUCUUCGACCACUUGUGCCAAAGGAUUUUCCAUUUACCAUCAGACUGACCUCAGAGGUGCUUGAAUCGAAUGGGUCAUCAUCCAUGGCAAGCGUUUGCGGCGGGAGCCUUGCCCUGAUGGAUGCAGGAGUACCCAUCUCGGCAUCUGCGGCCGGCGUUGCCAUUGGUCUCGUCACUGUGCCAGAUCCGGAGCGUUCUUACGAGCUCGCUGACUAUCGGCUACUCACGGACAUCUUGGGCAUCGAGGACUAUCUGGGUGACAUGGACUUCAAGAUGGCCGGUACCAAGAAGGGCAUCACAGCGCUCCAGGCUGACAUCAAGAUUCCCGGGCUUCCUCUGAAAGUUGUCAUGGAGGCCAUUCAGCAGGCAACUGAAGGGAAGUCUGAGAUCCUCAAGAUCAUGAACGAAGUGAUCAGCAAGCCGAGGACUCUGAAAAAAGACAACUGGCCUGUCUCUGAGAGGUUAGAAGUUCCAGUGCAUCAGCGGGCACGCUUCGUUGGUCUCGGAGGUCACAACCUGAAGAAGCUGACUGCCGAAACAGGUGUUCAGCUGUCUGCAAUCGAUGACACUUGCUUCGAGAUGUUUGCUCCGAACCAGGAUGCCAUGAAUGAAGCAAAAGAGAUGGUGGAGCAGUUUCUCAAGGAAGAGCGUGAGCCAACUCUUGAGUUUGGAGCGGUGUACACGGCCAAGAUAGUUGAGAUCAGGGAGUCGGGCGUAAUGGUGACGCUGUACCCAACGAUGACUCCGACGCUUCUUCACAAUUCUCAGCUCGACCAGAGAAAGGUUAGCCAUCCAAGUGUCCUGGGUCUGGAAGAGGGCCAAGAGAUCACUGUCAAGUACUUUGGUCGCGAUCCUGUGAGCGGCAAGAUGCGGCUGUCACGCAAGGUUCUGCAAACUCCUCCAUCGAGCGUCAUAAGAAAUCUGUCCUGAGGUUGCGUGACGGCCAGAAGCUAGCGUACAUUGCCGGUGCUUCCUUCAUGGCCAGCUUUGCUCAUCUCCCUGUGCAGCAGCAGCAGCUGCCCACAGCUGUGUAAAUUGUCUCCACAGCAUCCUAAGUGAGAGCCUCUGAUAUAUAGAUGUAUAUAAGUCACUGUCAUAACAAAAAAAAGAAAACUGUAUAGGAAAUAAAAAUUGAUGCGCAUAA